UGAUAAGUAGGCUUAAACUUACAACUUAAAAAAACAUAGAAACAAGCUGAAAACAAUAGAAUACAUCCGUCGGAAUGAUUAAAAAACGCUAUAUCCUUAUUACGCUGGUCCUGGGGCUAUGCAUCUUACCCUUAAUUUUCGGUGAAUCUAAGGCCCCAGAUCUUCCAGGCAACAGCACCUUGAUGAAUGCUGUCUGGCCGAAAGAUCACCUAAAUGGAAGGGAGGCUUCGAAACUCCGUACCAAGCGACUAAAGAAAAUAAUUGCGAGGAAGAAAUUUGCCAAACAGCUGAUACGAAUGACAAAUCCUUGGGUAGACACAUUUGAUCAUAUUCCGAAAAUGUUGAGAGACCUCGAAGGAACAAAUCAAAAAACCAACAAGUUGAGUUCAAAUUCAACUUUCAAACACAAAAAUGAUACACCAAUCCCAUAUGCGAAGCUGCUGCGGCUCUUUAUCGAAUAUGCUUGGAAUAAUCCCUGGCAAUCGAUAAACAAGAAUUAGUAAGAGUCAAUGAGGUGUAGAUGAUCUCGAAUGGCGGUGGAACCGGAUGACAUUUUGUUUCUGAGAAAGCACAGUUUUCUUUAUUUCGAAUUCGGGUUUCAAAGCAAGAUAGGAGAAAACUAAACACCAAAAUUGGGAAAUUAAAAGUGUGAAAAAUUGAAUUUAUAGAAGAUUAUGUAGAGAAAUCCUUGGGAAAACAGGAGGAUAAACAAAUAUUCCAGUUGAAGCAUUCAAAAUAAAUCGAAAAAUAAUAAAAACAACACGUAACGGUUUA